GUGUCUGCACUGCGCUUUGAGCCCAAUGGAGUGAGAUUUGCUUCCGGCGGAGUUGACUAUCAGGUCAAAAUCUUUGACUUUCAAAAAAUGGACAUGAGUCUGCGAGCUGAUAAGGAGUUACUUCCAGUUGAAAGCCAUGUCAUCAACGACAUCGCAUUCAGCGCAAAUGGUGAAAACAUGCUAGUUUGCAGUAGCAAAGCACAGGUUCAUCUUCUUGACAGGACCGGUAAAUUAUGGGCAGAAACUAUCCGAGGGUGA